AUGAGUAGUACCUACUGUGGCAACUCCUCAGCUAAGAUGAGUGUCAACGAAGUAUCAGCUUUUUCAUUGACUCUGGAGCAAAAAACUGGCUUUGCUUUUGUUGGGAUUUUGUGUAUCUUCUUGGGACUGCUUAUUAUCAGAUGCUUCAAAAUCCUCUUGGACCCGUAUAGUAGCAUGCCUUCCUCUACAUGGGAAGACGAAGUUGAAGAGUUUGAUAAAGGGACAUUUGAAUAUGCACUUGCGUGA